ACUAUGUCUUUGCUCAGGACUAUUUUAAACACAUCUGUCAUCGUUCAUCCUCCAGGCUUCUAUAUCAUUGGAUUUCAAUCAUUUCCCUACAUUAGUGUCUACAUGAUCUUUCUCACAUUUGUCUAUGUGGUUACACUAGUGUUCAAUGGUUUGCUGAUCUACAUAAUUACAUCCAACCACUGCUUACACACUCCAAAGUUUCUGGCUGUUUUCAAUCUGGCAAUAACUGACAUAAUCUUAAACACAAGCACUAUUCCCAGCAUGAUAAAGACAUUUCUUUUUAAGAACAACUUCAUCCCGUUUAAUCUAUGUUUGUUACAAAUGUAUGUCUACUAUGCAUUUGUAUCGUUGGAAUCGUAUGCACUUGCUAUACUUGCCUAUGACAGGUUAAUUGCAAUAUGUCUCCCUCUGCGUCAGAACUUAUUCAACUCAAUGCCGAUCAUGUCUUGUAUUAUUGGCCUGAUUUGGGUUUACAAUCUGGUGAGAGUAGCAUACAGCACGUCCAUCAUGACUCGACUGUCGUAUUGUAACUCUGUCAGAGUGUUCAGUUAUUUCUGUGACUAUGCACCUGUGUUUAGACUGGCCUGUAAUGAUUACACAUUGCAGUGGUCCAUGGCAUCUAAAUCUAGUAUGGUAAACCUGUUGGGCCCCUUUACUUUUAUUCUUCUGUCCUACACUAGUAUCCUGGUGACUGUGUUCAGGAUGAAAUCAGUAAGCAGUAGGUUGAAAGCUCUGGCCACUUGCAUUGAGCAUCUCAUACUUGUUGCUGUAUUUUUCAUUCCAAUAUUCAUCAUUUUCUUAAUGGGGCUUUAUGUGCGAUCCAUUGACCCAGACCAGCGUGUGCUGAGCCUGUCACUGGCCUCUUGCAUCCCACCUUGCAUCAAUCCUAUUGUAUAUUCUUUGAAAACUAAAGAAAUUAAAACCAGAGCCCUCACACUUGUCCAAAGAAUGAAAACAAGUCCAUGA